GUUGUCAGCUAUCCGAGUUCCCAAGUAAUUUACAUCUAGUACAAGGGUGUAUCAACAAGAGCAUCCAGCGCCCAAAAAAAUAGGCGUAACAGAUUUAUAUGACGACUGUGAGCUGGCCAAAUUUGAGAUCCUACAGGUUUAAUCCAGCGACUAGGUUAGGCGAUGUCAAGAUGAUGACGAGGAGCCACGUCGUGCAUAAACCACAUGUUGAUCUUACUUGUACGGGUACUUCUUCUAACAAGGCUAAGCCUCCCAAGACGUAUUCAUUAUAUCGCGAUACCGCUUACUAGUGGAAGCAAGCCUGCAGCGUCUUCAAAGAAGGGAAAGCUCAUGGCAGACAAUGUCACCUGGCCCUCAAAUUCACCUGGUCUGAGAGCCCCAGAUAUUUAUCUAUGGAAAUUUCUAAAUGAAGUAUAUAUACUAUAUACUAUACUUGCCUAUCAAGAAAGACCUUUGUAUCUCCACUUGAACAAGUUUUAGAGAACCGCUGUUAAAGAUUUUUUGCUG